AGUCCUGACGGACCAAAUUCAUUAGACGCAGUUGGCUAAUCAUACAUUCAAUGCCAAUGGAGAAGUCCAACUGUAUUUCAUUUCAAUCUUACUCAUACAACUAUACAAGUGAUCUGCAAAUUGCCGCGUACAUAUAUGAAUAAGAAAAAUACAUUAAAAUUUUAUAUCCACCUGCCAAAUCCUUUCAACGCCAAACCAUUCCCCUAUAUAAUUAUAUAUACAAUUACAAAUUUUAUGUUACAGUCUUCAUUUAUUCGCGUAAAGAUUUCAAAAAGUAGUGAAUAUAUUCUUGUAGGAAGCUGCAGGGGUUAAGGAGAGAAAAGGGAUGGUGAAACUGAGAGAAACAGAAGUGAUCCUGAGACUCUGCAUCGUCUUUUUUCUUCUCCUCACUUCUUGUUUGAUCGGUUUGGAUUCUCAGACCAAAGAGAUUGCUUAUAUCCACAAGAACGUCAGUUUCAGAUAUUUGUUAGCUCUCGAGGCUGAGUUAUACAUAGAUGUUGUGGUUGCUGCGUAUAAUUUGGUUCAACUAGGGCUUGGUUGGUACAAUGUUGAACAAAAGACCUCCAAUCCCAAAUGGUUCUCUUACCUCUUGGAUCAGACGGCGGCAUACGUGGUUUUCGCCGGGACAUCAGCCGCGGCGCAACACUCAUUGCUAGUGGUGACGGGUUCAAGGGAGCUUCAGUGGAUGAAAUGGUGCUACAAGUUCACAAGGUUCUGUUUUCAGAUGGGAAGUGCCAUCAUCUUAAACUACAUUGCGGCAGCUCUCAUGGUCCUCCUCUCUUCCAUCUCCGCCUUCAACCUCUUCCGUCUCUAUUCCCCUAAACGUUUUUUUCGCUUUAAGUCAUCCUCCUAAUUAACUACUGUGGGAGUCAUUUCUUAAUCUGAAAUAAUGUUGAUCAAUGUGAAGUAAAUGGCUGAAAAAUUGAUUUGUGUGAUCUUCCACUAUGAACAAUAAAUAUCAUCAGUCUAUUGCUUGAGAAAAAAAUAUAGGUGUCUCAGUGUAUGUACGUAUGUAAACUUAUUUUUGUCUAAAACUAAUAACUUUUCCUUGUACUUGAUUUUUGGUAUUCAAUAAUAUUUUGGUGGUAGUGUAUACUAGACAAAAAUUUAGGAUCGGCUCUAAAGUCUGGAAGGCCUAAACGGAGAGAAAAAGAAGACCAUUAAUCAGUUAGGACUCAGUAGCCUUGCUAGAUGCCUAGAUGGAUCAUGCAUGAGGUUUAAAACAUGAAAAAAAGAGUUUGGAUCUUACCAAAAAGAGUGAUAGAUUAUGAUCGGGGUCGGGAUGAUGAGGUAGUUGUGAUGAGAAGAAGAGGAAGUGAGGCUCAGGCUAGGAAGAUUCAGAGAGAAGG